AGAAUAGCUGAAAAAGCUGACGUCGGUUGUUCUUCAGGCGUUUUUGGUUUUCGUCCCUUGCGGACGUGGAUAAUCCGGCCAUAAUCCGCCAUGGGCAGCUCUAUUCAUGUAGCUGACUGACAGAUCAUACUGACGAGUCACGACGUGCGCCCUUGUAGAGGUCAUGAUAGACUUUGUUUCCGGUCGGAUUCUGGGAUUACGAUGGACAAAGCCAUCCCUCCCUCCGGUCGGAGUCGGGGAAGACACACCGAACAUGAAGCGCAGUCGCUGCCGCCCCUUUUUCCGGGUAUAUCCUCCAGCUCCUCGGACCUUGUCGAUGUUGGGUCCGUGGGGAGUGUCACUGCUGACUUGCCGGAAUGUCGAGGAGUGGUACCAUAUCGUACUUCUGGCAGAAUGGUGUGUCGAACCUUGCUGCGAAUCUUGCUCUUGUUUGCCUCGAAAAUGUCUGUAUGGCAUUUUCUUUGUUCUCUGCCUCACGUCCAUCUUCCUUCUUGGUCGGCGGCGCCGCUUCCCUUCGCCCAAUGUUCGAACGUACACACAUCCCCUCUUCGUUGGAACCGUUCUUCUUGCUCUCAGCAUUACAGCGCAUUGGCUUCUGACCGACAUACGCUUAUUCCAAGCGUUGAUUUAUUUCGAAGGCGGAACGGAGCCCGUUCUGUUCCUUGGUGAUCUGUCCCAAGCGACGAAGAUUGCACAGACAGCCACUUUGGUUCUCUCUGUAUUCAUAUUCGAUGCAAUGAUGAUAUACCGUGUCUGGGUAGUCUGGUCCUACAGCAUAUAUGUCACUGUGUUCCCAAUGCUAUGCUGGAUAGUAUAUGCUGUAUGCGGGAGUAUCAUGCUCUACCACUCUUCGCUCUAUAAGCUGGGUUCCGACGUCUUCGACAUGCCGAUAGGCGAUUGGAUGACGGCUCUGUGCGUGUUCAUGAUCUGCCAUUCUAGUAUUUAUAGCACAGUCAUGAUCGCAUUGCGCAUAUGCCAAACAAGCCUCCGCGUAGAGAUAUUCGGGAAGGACCCUGCAAUGCGCGCUAUUGCUGUGUUCACUGAGAGCGCAGCGCUCUAUGCGACGUGGACGAUCUUCUUCUUUGUCACGUAUGAGGCCGGCUCGAACCUACAGAAUAUCGCCAACGCGACAUGCCCUGCGAUGGCCGGUAUUGCGUCCAUGCUGAUCAACGUUCGUGUGGGACUAGGGUGGGCUUUCAAACCCGCUCCCCGUUCUACUGCGCAAACCUCGAUCCCCUUGUCUUUCGUUCAUUCUUCACGACAGGAUAUUUCCCGAGAACUCACAGGACGCUCCGUGGACAUACGUCACAUAUUAGAAGCCAGGGAAGCAGUGGACGAGGACGAGCUGACCAAGUGAAUUCGUACAACCCGCUAUGUACCAUCGGAUAUCAGUGGGUGACAAUAUUGAAUAUGCGUCUUGCUCCCGUCGUAA